CCUCGAGAAGAAAGAUCUCAAAAAUUCUGAAACUAUUGAAAGAUAAUAGAAUUCUGAAAUAUUGAUGUAUAAAUGGGUUCUUUUUGCAUGAUGUGGCGAAAGUGGCAGCGUGUACGACGCACAAAGCGGCUAUUGCAUAUUGAUAUACAUAUACAGAUGCACACACGCGCAGAUAUAUUAUAAUCGGGCCCAAGGUGUAUUUUUUUCUGUAAUCUGAAUAAUAUUCGUAUGUGAAUUACCGUGAAAGUGGCUGAAAACGUGAAAAAAACGAUAAUUUAAGAAUAAUUGAUCGAUAAGCCUGGUGCCUCGGGUUAUCAAGUCUGGGAAUUUUGCUCGUGAACAGUUAUCGCCGCAGCUACUUUCCUUGGGUUGAGUAUAUUAUUCGAACUCAAGUUAUAGUUACGGUAUCGGAGGUCACGAGAAGAACGACAGUUGGACUCGGAUUCCUUGGUGCAAACGCAAGAUGAAAGUUAAACGAAGCAAAUCCCUUUCCCCUGAACCGUCGAGCAGUAACGAGUACAAGAGGCCUAGGAUUGCCAAUUCCGGGGACAGUGAUAAUGACUAUCUAGAAUGUCGGCUUCUCAAUCUCUCCGAUGAUGUUUUACUGAAUAUCAUGAAGUUUCUCCAUCCGCAAGAUCUCAUGGCUCUGAGCUUGUGUUGCCAACGUUUGGAGCAAGUAACAAGGGACAGAACGCUGUGGAGUAAUUGCGUCGAUUUUCGAACGGCUCCGACACUGUUAGAGGAUCUAGAAAAGUAUGUAAAGUUUUUUAGACCGAUGACCACAAGACUGAGAAUACGCGGUAACUUGCAAUCGAAUAAGCAUCGAGGAUUGAGCCAAAGCUUUUUUAGUGCAAUACGAGCAACAUGUCAACUCAAGGAAUUAACUAUGGAAGAAUACGAUAUUGAUGCUGAUAAAAUACAAAUCACAGACUUUCCCAAAAUGAUUGAAAAACUUUCACUCAAAGGCUGCAGGAUGCACCAUUUGCAAACCGACAAAUCCUACUUUUUCAGGAUGGACUUUCACAUGCCCAACUUGACGUGCCUGAUAUUGAGCAAAUGCAACUGGUUCUAUCCACAUUCAUUGAUGGUGAUAAGCAAGAUGGUAAAACUGAAAGAACUUCGACUGGAUUCUUGUUAUCGACUCGGCGAAUGCGUCGCUUACGCAAGCCUGGCUACCAGAUUUGGUUUCAAAUCGUUGGAGAUUUUAGAUCUUAGAGACACUGGACUGGGGGAUAGCGAGAUAUGCUGUUUCAGCAGCACUAAAACAUUGACGCAUUUGUACUUGGAAUGUCCACGGUCGCCGAGACCAGUUUAUUGCUACGAGCAUGAGCCACGGCCCUACAGGCCACCUCAACAGCAUUCGACAGACCCGCGCUUGAGAGUGUUCGAGGAUCAAAAUAUCUUGGAGGUAAAUAAUGAUAGGUUAUUAAUAGACGAGAGACGCAUCGUGCCGUACUUUGAUUUCGAACGAUGUCUCGUAUCCGAUCGAGCUAUUUGCGCUUUAGGAAGCUACGUUUGCGAUCGUACAAUUCUCAACAAUAUACAGGAUAUGAUUUUCGUCGAAGUGGAUAGGCGUGUUGUAAACAAUCCCAAUCUCAAGGAAUUGGUAGUGCGAAACUAUCCACGAGUAACGAAUCAAAGUCUAGUACAUUUGGCCGCGAAUGCACCUAGCCUUGAAUAUUUGGACGUGACGGGAACUACCGUAACUCGAGAAGGUGUUGAAAUGUUCAAGUCACAAAAGCCUGGCGUUACAAUAUUAUCGUCAUUUGAUGAAACAUAACGUCAAUAUGAAACUUGAAUUCAAGCAUUAAAAUCAAAGGGAGGUCUCGAUUAAUCGAAGCAUUGUGAAAACAAAGAGAGAAUUGAUUGGUUUCUUAGUUUCAUCAUCGCAUUCUUGCAGCUUUAGGUUCAUUGAAGUUACAGGAUUAAAAAUCCCAUACAAUCACGUCCUAAUUUGAUAGUUUAAUGUGUAUAUUGUACACAAUUUUUUUCGUAUCCAAAUUCAGAACUUGAAUUGUCGUACCAAAACUUCAAUAUGUGCACUGUAUCAUAAAUUAUGAAUGCGUAGGCAAUAAGAACUAAGCUUGAGUGGUACACUGUAUUGUUUAAAUUUUUUUCUUUCCGUUUUAUUUCUUUUCGACAGCGCAUUAUUGAUUAAUAAAUUAUAUUAAUAUAUUAUACCGCUAUGAUAAAAUUGAGAAUCGUGUGCGUUGAAAAAUUUUACCUCACUUCGGCUAUUUAAGCUCUGAAAAAUGUUUCUUUUCUGUACCUCGAGAGCUAUAAAAAUUCUGGUAGUCUUUUACCAGCUAUCAAUGUAGUAAUAUAAAUAUAUGUGAGCAACUGCUAAACUUGUGUGUAUGUAAGUGUUUGUGCGUAUACCUGACUUUAAGUAGGAAUGAGCGUGUGUAAAACAACUGUAAGAUUUUCUUUGUCGACCUAGAAUAAAUUUUUUUUUUUUAAUCUUUUAGAUGAUAUAAAAUAUCGUUUAUAACUUAUGGGUAUACUGAAAAGUUCUUUCUCAUCUAUCUAUUGUUGUUGUGCUAGUGUCUUUUGUAAGAGAUAUUAUUAUUA